AUGAACUGUUUUCAAGUAUUUUACAGCUUUAUAUUUUUGAUCGCAAUAUUGAAAAGUGGGAACGGGCUAAUUCUUAAACACUCAAAUGCUUUUGGGAUUACAAGACCAACUGCAGCCGAUAAGCUUGUAUUGCUGCAGCGAGAUGAAUUAAAAUUUCUCCUUCGUUUAAAAACGCAAGGAACACCACAGUCUGAAAGUAAAGAAUAUAAAUGCCACAUUCUAAGCGCAUUGUAUCAAAGUCUUAGCAGAAGUUUGCAACCAUCUCCUGAUCAUAGUAAGCUAAUAAAACGCAUACAUCAACUGUCAAGCAGUUGCUCGAAAUCAAAUUUUAGAAUGGCAGAAUUUUUCAAUCAGUCUUAUAUUUUUCCUGGUACCAAGUGGUGUGGUCAAGGAAACGUUGCCGAAAACUUCCAUGACUUGGGAGUAUUUAAUGGAAGUGAUGCUUGUUGUCGAGAACACGACUUUUGCGAUGACGUCAUAAAUGCAGGUAGAACAAAACACGACUUGGUUAAUCCUUACGGUACAACAAGAUUGCACUGCAAAUGUGAUGAAGACCUGAGACAGUGCUUCCGGAAAAUAAAUUCGGUCAUAGCCAACACAAUCGGGUACAUUUUCUUUUCCCUGUUGCAAACGCAGUGUUUCGACUUUGAUCACCCAGCCAUUGGAUGUGAGACUUGGAAAAGGGGUGCUGUGAGACAAUAUUGCGUAAAAUAUAAACUGCUGAAAGAUGAGCCGAAAAGGUGGCAGUGGUUUGACCAAGAGCCUUAUUUUUGA